GUAUAUUAUCAGCACCGCGUUUUUGCGUUGUCUGAUUUAUUUCAUUCAAAGCAUUGAUGGGAUUAUUCAACUAUUAUUUGUAGAUUUGCAGUGAAGUUGCACGGGAAUGUAUUUGUGAUAUAUGAGAAAUGGAACAAAGAGGACGGUCACGUCGACUUCAUCAGACUGCGAAGCUCGCCUUCAUUGCAGUAUCGCUUUUGUUCUGCAGAACAGUUUUUGGACAAGCGCGGUAUUCCGUUUCUGAGGAACUGAAAGAGAGUGCUUUAGUGGGAAACAUUGCGAAGGAUUUGGGCAUUGAUCACAGAACCUUAAAGGAGCGAGGAUUUCGCAUCGUCUCAACCUCAGGCGAGUCAUUGUUCAGCGUCAACCAAAAUGACGGUGUAUUGUAUGUGAACGGUAAAAUAGACAGGGAGGCGGUGUGUGAACGAAUCACCCCGUGUUUAAUUAACUUAAAAAUCGCUUUAGAAAAUCCACUACAGAUACAUUACGUCACUGUAGAGAUAUUAGAUAUAAACGACCACAGUCCAUUAUUUCCGGAGAAUGAAAAACGUCUGGAAAUAUGGGAAUCUGUUAUGCCAGGAGCGCGCUAUCCGCUACAGGCAGCCCGUGAUCCUGACACUGGAAUCAAUUCGGUUCAGACUUACAAACUUAACCAAAACGAUCACUUUCGUCUGGAAAUUAAAGAUAGAGAAGAUGGUAAAAUUCCGAUUCUGAUUUUACACAAGCCGCUUGACAGGGAAGUGACUGAAAACAUGAGGUUAGAAUUGACUGCUUUAGAUGGGGGGAAACCUCCUAAAUCUGGUUCAAUAGAAAUACUGAUCGAUGUACUGGAUGUAAACGACAAUUUACCUGUCUUUACGAAGGAGACUUACACAGUUACGCUGAAUGAAAAUGCACCUGUGGGCACAACAAUUUUGCGAGUUAACGCGACUGAUUCAGACAAGGGGCAAAACGGCGAGGUAGUUUAUGCUUUGGGAAGUAAUGUGAAUAAUAAUUUACGCAAACUUUUUGAAGUUAAUUCAGUCACUGGCGAAAUUAUUGUUAAGGGUCUUUUGGAUUUUGAAGUCAAAGAAAAAUAUGAGAUUGACAUCGAAGCAUCUGACAAAGGCAUCAUUCCACUUGCGACGGAUAAAAGUAUAUUCAUUAGCAUUGCCGAUGUGAAUGACAAUGCUCCAGAAAUAGAGGUGACAUCGUUUUCAAGCGCAAUUCCUGAAGACACAAAACCUGGAACGACAGUGGCGUUGAUAAGCGUGUCUGAUUUAGACUCUGGUCUCAAUGGCAAAAUCUCCUGUUCACUCUCUGAUGGAAUCCCUUUCAAGCUGAUGUCUUCAACCCAGGAUAAUAUUUACUCAUUAGUUACAUCAACGUUUCUUGACAGGGAAGCGAAAUUUCAAUAUGAUAUCACAUUAGUUGCGAGAGACGCGGGUCAGCCAUCACUGUCGUCUGUUAAAACUGUAACCGUCCUGAUAUCAGAUGUAAAUGACAACAGACCAGAAUUCUCCUUUUCACCCUAUGCGUUUUAUGUAAUUGAAAAUAAUGUCCCAGGACAAUCUUUGUUUUCUGUGUCUGCUUCUGAUAAAGACUCGAAUGAAAAUGCUGUAAUCAGCUAUCAAUUAUGGAGAGACAGUAGUGAAGGAAACAAAUACACAUCCUUUAUUAAUAUUAACUCGGAAAACGGAGAGAUUUAUGCGUUGAAAAGUUUUGACUUUGAAAUUCUUAAAAUGUUUAAUUUCCAAGUACUCGCUACAGACUCUGGAUCUCCGUCUCUGAGUAGUAACGUGACAGUGAAUGUGUUUAUUCUGGAUCAGAACGACAAUGUUCCAGUAAUAUUAUAUCCAGUCAGCGCUAACGGUUCUGCUGAGGGUGUGGAGGAGAUUCCUCGCAAUGUGAACGCAGGUCAUUUAGUGACUAAAGUCAGAGCUUAUGAUGCAGAUAUUGGAUACAACGGCUGGUUAUUAUUUUCACUGCAGGAAGUUAGUGAUCACAGUCUCUUUAGUUUGGAUCGAUAUACAGGACAGAUAAGAACCCUUCGCUCAUUCACAGAAACAGACGAGAACCAGCAUAAACUGGUCGUACUGGUGAAAGACAAUGGCAACGUUUCUCUGUCAGCAACAGCGUCUGUGAUUGUCAAAGUUGUGGAGCCCAAAGAGGCUUUUGCUGCUUCUGAUGUUAAAAACGCAGUAAAAGACGAGGAGGAAAACAACGUGACAUUUUAUUUGAUCAUCACAUUGGGCUCUGUGUCAGUACUUUUUAUCAUCAGUAUCAUCGUGUUGAUGGUAAUGCAGUGCUCUAAAUCUACUGACUAUUCGUCCAAGUAUUUACAAGAUAUGAAUUACGACGGGACUCUGUGUCACAGCAUUCAGUACAGAUCCGGAGACAAACGGUACAUGCUAGUUGGUCCCAGAAUGAGUAUCGGUUCUACUCUAGCACCUGGUAGUAAUAGGAAUACUCUUGUGAUACCAGAUCGUAGGAGGAGAGAUUCUGGAGAGGUAAGAAAUGUUUUUUGCUAA